UUCUGGCUACUCUUUAUAGGCCUCAUCAGCUUGCUAUUUGCUAUUUGCGCCGCGAGGACAAAUUUCGUAUUCAUGAUCUUGUUCUCCGGCGUAACGCUUGCAUUCCUUCUCUUGACUGGUGCUUUCUGGGCGGUUGCCGAGGAUUUCACAGGAAAUGCUCGCGUGGCUCAUCGCUGCGAAGUAGCUGCUGGAGCAUGUGUCUUUGUAUCUUCAAUAGCUGGAUGGUAUCUUCUAACUUCGAUUACACUUGAGACGGUCGAUUUCCCAAUAGCUCUUCCGCUUGGCGAUCUUAGCAUGCUCAUCAGAGGAAGGAACUGGCAGAACCAGAACAAGAUUUAAAGAGGGCUAGCAAGAACAUGGCAAUUGCAUUCGUAAAUUAAAGGACUUUUAAGCCUAUAUAACC